UCACAACCUUGUGGAUCAAAGGUCUGCAGUCUGACUUCCCAGUGUGUGGAGAAUGGAUGUGGAAAGGUCUGUAUGGAAGCUCCACCACUGUGUGGCCUUCAUACCGCCUCGAAGACCGGGAACCUGUCAAGGGUGAAAUUUCUAUUGUCACAGGAACGGGCGGACGUUAAUUGUCAAGAAUGGAUUGGUAGAACACCAGCGAUGUGGGCAGCCAGUGGGGGACAUAGAGAAGUGGUGGAGUUACUUGUGAGUAAUGGGGCUAUCGUGUCACUCGUCGAUAGAUUCAGCAUCAACAUCCUUCACGCAGCUUGUCUGGGAGGAGAUGUAGAGGUGGUGAAAUAUGUCAUCUCACAGAACAUGUUGGACAUCAAUGGUAAAGUACGGUGCGGGAGAACAGCUGUGAUGCUGGCAGCAGAGAACAGACACAAAGACGUGGUGGAAUUGCUUGUGGACAAAGAAGCUAACAUGUCACUCGUGGAUAAAACAGGUGACAACAUCCUUCACUGUGCCUGUCGUGGAGGAAGUGUGGAGGUGGUGAAGUACAUCCUCUCCAAGAAGACUGUUGAUAUCGACGGUAGAGGAUCAAAGAAGAUGACACCAAUCAUGGUGGCAAGACAUUGUGGCCAUAAAGAUGUGGUGGAGUUACUCGUGAGUAAAACAGCUGAUGGGUCACUCAGAUAUUACAAUCAUAUAACCAUGCUUCACUCUGCCUGUCAGGAAGGCAAUAUGGAGAUGGUUAAGUAUGUCCUCUCGCAGAAUAUUGUAGACAUCGACAGUAGAGGUUGGAAGAAGAAAACGCCAGUGAUGGUGGCAGUGGAAUUUUGGCGGAAAGGGGACACACAGAAGUGGUACAGCUACUUGCAAGUAAAGGAGCUGGUGUGUCUCUUGUGGAUGGACAUCGACAGUAGAGGUUGGAAGAAGAGAACGCCAGUGAUGGUGGCAGCGGAAAAGGGACACACAGAAGUGGUACAGCUACUUGUAAGCAAAGGAGCUGGUGUGUCUCUUGUGGAUGGGUAUGGUGAAAACAUCCUUCACUGGGCCAGUGUAGGAGGACAUGUAGAGACAGUAAGGUAUGUUCUCUCACUGAAUAUUGUAGACAUCGACAGUAGAGGUUGGAAGAAAAGAACGCCAGUGAUGGUGGCAGCGGAAAAGGGACACACAGAAGUGGUACAGCUACUUGUAAGUAAAGGAGCUGGUGUGUCUCUUGUGGAUGUGGACGGUGACAACAUCCUUCACUGGGCCAGUGUAGGAGGACAUGUAGAGACAGUGAGGUAUGUUCUCUCACAGAAUAUUGUGGACAUCGACAGUAGAGAUUGGAAGAAAAGAACCCCAGCGAUGGCAGCAGCAGAAAGGGGACAUACAGAAGUGGUACAACUACUUGUAAGUAGAGGAGCUGAGUUGCCUGCUGUAACUACUGCUAAUGUGAUUUAG